AUGAUCGACCGUACCAUUUUCGAGAGCCUUCAGUCCAAGAUCGACGAAGAAGCUGCCGAACUCCAUGAGAUAGUCCAGACGCUUGCUAGAAAUGGACGCUCCACAACGGCUAUUCUCUCUCGAGCUCAUUCCACACCCUCAAAUCAGUUGAAACCUGUCCUCGAUGAGGCGACAAAGGAAAUCCUCGCCCAGAAAGAACAAGUCACUCGGCUCAAGGCCUUGGCUGACAAGCACCCGUUCUACAAAUAUAACGGCGUGUGGACUCGCGAACUGCAGAAUCUGGUAUCGUCGAUUGAGCUCUGUGCCUACUUGGGCGGGCUUGAGGAGUACAAGAGCAGCAGCGCUGCGUCGUUCCUGACUAUUGAGGAGGUUGGGAAGUUCCUUGGUAUCCCCGUCAACCUCAAGGAACAAGAUGCGUUCCAUCUCACGAUCGAAGAGUAUCUGCUCGCUCUGAUUUCCAUGGUCGAAGAACUGUCGCGUCUUGCUGUUAACUCGGUCACUCUUGGGGAUUACACUCGGCCGGUGCAGAUCGGAAGUUUCAUCAAGGAUCUGUUUGCUGGGUUCCAGCUCUUGAACCUGAAGAACGACAUCCUGCGCAAGAGAAGUGAUGGGAUUAAAUACAGUGUCAAGAAGGUUGAGGAUGUUGUGUACGACCUUUCUUUGCGGAACCUGAUCCCGAAGGGUAGUGAUAACGCCUAG